AUGAAGGCCAAUGGGACGAACAAUGGCUGUAGCCGCCUGAACACGCCAUUGGCAGCCACUACCACGCUGGAGGAUCCCGGUACACCAGCCUCCUGGAAGGGCCCGCCGCCCGGUUCGGAGGCGUCGCCCUUUACGCCCAACUCCGUCGGCCAGGGCGGUGGUCCUGGCUCGGGUCCGUACAACAGCACAGGCGGGCCGCCCAGCAAUGCCGGCUUCCAAGGCCCGAGCCCGUUCCCCGGCAGCGCCGGCAGCCCAGCCGGGGCACCGCCGUACCAGGGCCCGCCGCCCGGCUCGGCGACGCCGCAGUACACCGCCUCCCCCGCGCCGAGCGGCUCCUCGACGCCCGGCCCCGGGCCGCCGCCUAAUUCCACCGGCUUCCCGCCGCCCCCGAACAAUUCCGGCCCGCCGUACAAUGGGCCCGGGCCCAGCCCGUUCGGCUCGCCCUCCGGCGCGCCACCGCAGUUCGUCGGCCGACCCGGCUCCUCGGGGCCGCCGUUCGUGCCACCCGGUGCCGGCAACCCGCACUUUCCCUCGCACGGCCAGCCGUUCGGCGGGCCGCAGUACGGUAUACCACCCGGCAGCCCGUUCGGACCGGGCGGACAUCCUCUGGCUGGACCUAUGGGACCUGGACACCCGGCGAUGAUGGGACCCGGCGGACCUGUCGACAGGCUGGACCAAGGGUGA